AUGAAGGAAAAAGCCUUACUUUACCCUGCUAGCACAAAAGAGGUCGAAUGCCUCACGCACAGUCCGCCAGUACUCGACAACCACAAACUAGACCCCGAUGACUCCAAAUCAAGCCAAGAGAGUCCGAAUACAUCAUCAGAAACCGCCGAAUAUUGGGAAAAGAAACGCCUGACAGUUGUGGCGAUUCUGUACGGACUUGACCUCAAACAAUCGACAAAGAGCAAUGCUAGGGCACACCCAUCUUGGGUCUACGCCGAGGUUGUGGCUGCACUGUCCAUGAUCAGCUGCAUUAUGCAAUGGAUCUUUAUGACAGCUGUGUGGUACUGGUGCUUCUUGGAUGCUCUGAUCUCUGUUCUGUGGCUGGCUCAGUUCGGGGUAUUUGCUUCCAUAUAUCUGGACGCAGAGGCCGAACAAACAUUUGCGCCGGCUUCAGUUGACAGGAUGCAAGCGGCUGUCUGGAUCAAUCUUGUUUGCGUUGUUUUAUGGUUUGUGGCAACACUAUAUGGUGCUAUCGGAUGUUGUGCUCGUUUCAAGAGAGUGAGGCAAAUGAGGAAGGACAUUAGGAUAGGCUUGAAGGUCUAA